GGAGCACAGUGUGCGGAUGUUCAAGCACUGGUAAACACGUCGGCAUUCUCUGCGCCGGCUUAGCCUAGUUCCACAACUCUGACCUGGGAGGUAAAGCCAUUCCAGGACAUGAGACUAACGUUGUACCAGAUAAUCGUAGUUCAUCUUGGCCAGCCGGACAUGGUGCAGGUGCUGGAUCUGCUGCGCGUCUCCCCCGACGAUCUAUUCCCCGUCGGAAGCGACAAGAUACAAUCGUACGCCGAGCUAGUCAACGUCGCCAUCGCCCCCGACAACCCCAGGGCACACAUUGCAGCUGAGGUGACACUGGACAUGCUCCGGUCCGAGGAGUUCACCAUCGGCAACGACCUACCAGCAUCCGUGGCUGGCAGCAACGUUCGAAAUGGCCCGCUAGAACCAGACGUCAUGUACACGCUAUUCUACAGGGGUUUGUCCGACGGUCAGCGGGGCAAGCGACAGGUGAAUCCUGGCACCGAUAGGCUGGUUCAGACCUCCAGCUUCCAGCCGCUGCAAAUGACAGACCCACCUCAGUCGACCGAAUCGCUAACAGAACGGGCGGCAUUGACAAACCCAAUGACGGAGAGUUCUCAGCCGGAAGCCAACACCGGAGAUGAGGAAGGAAAUGGCAACAAUUUCUACAUCAUCGGUGCAGCCGUAGGAGGAGGCUUGCUGCUACUGCUGUUGCUAGCUAUUGGGUAUCUAGUGAAAACAAGAUCCAGAGGUAGGGAACAACCAGACGCAGCUUACCUAGGCAAGAGUGGAGCGUGGCACACAACUCCUGCCGCCACCGUCAUGGCCAAUCCUGCCGUCAACCAAGACAAGAAGCAGCCAGUUGAGAAUAUCUACACAGUGGGACCCAGUGCUACUGGCCAUGCACAGGGUGUGGAUACUCCUGUACCAGCACCCCAGCCGGUCAAAUGGACUGACGAGCCACAUCAUGAUGCCGCUGUUACUGUCAAUACAGUGGCACUAAGUGCCGACACUGAUGACAGCCCGCCUCCUGAGACCGGCACCUUCCUCGGUGGAGCCGAGCGACCUAAGAGCAGCACACCACCCCCAGAAGACGACUCUCUGUGCAGGAAAGACGCCAAUCUACCGGACACGGUCGCGAAAAGAGAAUCCUCGCCAGUGCCACCCCCUAGCGCUCUUUCAACGUCGCGCAACCAGGCGCCCGCAGCGGCCGAGGAUGAAACAAGCGGUGUUUCUGAGACAGCCGCCGUGAGCACGUUCCAUAGUGCCAGUAAUCCCGAGGUGCCACCUACCCCUAGCAAGCGCGAACCAAAGUCCUCACAGGAGGUGACACACCUGUAGCAUCAUCACUACCAUGGUAACGCAUCACACAAUUGGUUUAACUCCACUGCAGCGCACCCCCAUCCCGCCGCUCAUCUCCUAGACGCUCGCCUUCACGCCACUGUCGCCAAGACAACGACAAUGGUUGCCGAAAGGUGUAUAGCGUCGAUAUGUUUUGCAGAGCAGGCUGGUCAUGAGGCGGUCAGCUAUGUGUUAUGACAUCCGGGCUAGUUAUCAGCUAGUGUUCUUAGUUCAAUGUAUCACACGUAAUCAGCUCUUUUCAGAUUAUCUCCGAGAGGCAUUCAGCCAGUUCACUAUUGUCCUUAAAUUUGCUGCCAGCUACACUGCAUCUGAUAUUUCCCGCAGCUACCGCAGGCAUCAAUGCGUUGUUGUGCCAUAGUCC